AUGGUAGAGCCUGCUAACAAGCCUGCACAUUCAGUUCCAGCAGGCAAAAUUCAGACCUGUGCAGGUCUGCAGGGAACAUCGUGGCAGACCAUGGAAGACCCGCAGCAGACACUGUCACAUACCUAUGUUGCAUUCUCUGCAGAGGUAUGUGAUAGUGUCUGUUGCGGGUCUUCCAUGGUCUGCCACGAUGUUCCCUGCAGACCUGCACAGGUCUGCUCGUGAGAAUUUUGCCUGCUGGAACUGAAUGUGCAGCCUUGUUAGCAGGCUCUGCCAUAUUAAUCUUUUUUAUAGGGCAGUCGAGUAACUUUUGUGGAUGCAUAUAUCAAACCCAAUUGAUGACCAAUUAGCCAUUCAGUAUGAACCGGUUCUGGAUGAGAAUACAACUGAUCAAAUUGUGUUUCACCGACAUCCAACUUCAUUAAGCGUUUGCAAACUGUUCUCUGAGGCAAAAAAAUGGUUCGUUCUCAUGGUUUUAUUAUUAGUACUUCUUACCAUUACAACUGUUCAGCUGUAUUUCGUUUGGUUUCACUCAAUACCAAAACUCAUUAUUUUUGUAUUUAUCUUUUUGGUGCUUGUGAGUGCGUGCACAACAUUUAUUGUCAUCAGGAGAGACGCAAAAGCACGAGAUCAAAUUUUAUAUAGCUUAAUGAUCGGUUUAAUCGUAAUGAAUGUAGUAGCCAAAUUCAUUUUACUGUACGUGUCGUUUCAUCAGUCAAAAUGUGACCGAUUCUCGAGUUCGAACUCAAAUACUUUAAAUGAUUCUAACCAAUCAAACAAGAUUUAUUUUUGUCCAGGUACGUGUUCCUUGAAUGAAUGAGCGGAUGAUUAAAAAAAGCCAUUGGUUAACAUAUAAUCACUUGCUAAACAUUGUCGUUUGUCUAACGGAAGUCCAGGGCAUGUCAAAUAAAAUCCGGGAAGAAUCUUGAAAGAAACUUAUGAAAAACAGAUAAAACUACUAUCCGUACCAAAUGGUCGUGCAGUCGGUUGCUUUUUGAAUAACUCCUCGCGGGAGAUAGAUAAUGAAGUGCGGUUUUCAGCAUUAGAAAGAGGACACUUUAAGACAUCUUUUCAUAAGCGAGAGUCAGUUUCAGGAAAAUUUCCUAACUUCGUUUUCCAGGAGAUCUUUGAAAAACCAGGUCGUGUGUGCGAAUUUUCCAAUAGGAUUGUAUUGAUUUUUUUUCAUGAGCUGAUAGCCCGGGAUGUUCUCUUGAAAAUGGAAGCCAGGCGAGACCUUGAUUUUCCGUGGUUCGGGCGU